GCUGUCAUCGCCUCUGCGCCUUUGAUCACCUACAAUUUUAGUUUAAAUUUUUUUUCUUAUUAGCGGGACCUCAGGCUCUUAGAGGAUCCAUCAACAAUGCCGGAUGGACCGGACCGCAUUCAUAUUCCCUGAGUCGUAAAACGAUACCAUUACCAUUAAGGAUUCGAUAUCUGAUCGUCAUUGGCCCCAGUAUGGAUGGAAUGCUCUAUAUUAAUUCCUUCUCCUUGCGUCCCGCUAGAUCUGGUUGAUAUUGUCCUAGAACGUCCACCUUGAACAUUCAGUCUUUUGAUGUUUUUGUUUUUUGUUUUUGUUUUUUUUUUUUAAUCAUCUAAUUAUUACACGACUCUCUCUUCUUCAUCCUGAUAUGUUCCAAUGCCCUCAUACAUUGUUCAGGCGUUAGGUAGCGUCGGUAUCAUAUGGGGCUUUGUUGUCGUUUCAGUUCAAAGUAUUGGUCUCUAUAAAAUCUUCCGCUACUACUCGUCAGUCCCCGCCGCCCCGGUGUCUCCAUACCUACCGAAAGAUGAGGUGCCGCACGUAACUAUCAUCCGGCCUGCCAAGGGUCUAGAACCCGGCUUGUACGAAUGUCUCGCCUCCGUAUUCCACCUGUCCUAUCCGAAAGACAAGUUGACCAUCUACUUCUGCGUUUCGUCCAAGGAAGAUGCCGCAUACCCCGUCAUCCGUAAGCUCCUCGAUAAUUACCCCGAUUUCGAUGCCAAGGUUUUCGUCGAAACUGAAGACCCUUUUCUCCACGGUGAUGGCGGCCACGUCGACAAUGUUGGUCCGAACCCCAAGAUUCGCAAUUUGAGUAGGGCUUAUAGGGAAGCGAAAGGGGAUAUAAUAUGGCCUCUCGACAGCAACGUGUGGAUAGCAAGGGAUGUAGCUGGUCGUAUGGUCGACAAGCUCUGCGGAUACCAACCAAACGGCAAGCGAGCGAAACCUUUCAAAUUCGUCCACCAACUACCUUUAGUAGUAGAUACCGUUACCUCAAUGAGCUCUUCAAACUCCGAAGGCCAGACCUUGCUGUCCGGAUCUUCAGUGACUGGCGGCUCCGAUGCGCAGUCCAGCGUCGACGUGCCGUCCUCCGUUUUGUCUAGGUCCUGGGCUCACGGAGGCGGAAGAUUGGAGGAGAUGUUUAUGGCUACGACUCACGCCAAGUUCUAUGGCGCUAUUAAUACCGUUGGUAUUGCGCCCUGCAUCGUCGGGAAGAGUAACAUGUUCCGCAAGUCGCAUCUCGAUCAGGUCACAGAUCCAGCCCAAAACCCGAUCCUGACGGGCAGAGCCGCAACUCUGCCCAAGGGUCUAGAUCAUUUCUCUCUAUUUAUGUGCGAGGAUCAUGUCAUCGGCGAUCUUCUAUGGCGUUCCAACCUGCCCGGCUUCGCCAACCAUGGCCUUGUUUGGGGCGACCUCGCGAUCCAGCCUAUGGCGGGAAUGUCGGUGCCCGCUUACGUCUCACGCAGGGUGAGAUGGUUGCGUGCUAGAAAAUGGACCGUGUUAUCAGCUACUCUAGUCGAGCACGGCGUCGAGAGCCUCGUGUGCUGCUUCUACGUGUCCUUCGGUCUCACUAGCCUCCCUUGGUUUCACCAGACUCUUGGCAUCCCACAAACUUGGAAGGCUCUGUGGCAGCUCUGGCUCGCUGGCGUCGCGCUGUGGAUGGUUGUAGACCGGAUCGUAUUCAGAAAGUUGCAUGCAGGACACAGCAUACACGUGGACGAACAGACGCCAUUAUUUGCCCGGGGCACGAGCCGCGGCGGAGCUGAAAAGCGCCGAUUCGGCGAGUGGUUCCUGGCUUGGUUAGGGCGGGAGGUAAUGGCCCUACCCAUCUGGACGUGGGCCGUCUUCCUCGGUGCCACGGUGAAUUGGAGGGGCAAGCAAUUUCGGGUCCGAUCAGAUAUGACGGUCGUUUCGAUAGACUCGGAGCCUGAAGAGCGGGCUUCGGCGCAGAAUGGGUAUAGCGCCGAUGGCAUGUCGCGAGCAAGAGGGAAGAAAGAUUAGACCUAAGAUACCCCAGCAUUUAUUCACGCCUAAUAUAUAAUUCAUUACGUCAACCGCGUCGCUGGGUCGAAUUGGCAUCUUGACAGGUAUUUAUAUCGUUUUUCCUAAUUAGACCUUUUCGGCGUAGCCGAUCUAGCCCAAAGACAGCCUUACAGAAACCUCAAGGUAUACUCGGUUCACACCUAGGACUACUUGAUAUGCCG